AUGGACCAGAUCACCAUAAAAAAUGAUACUACCAUUACAUGUAAAUGGUCUACCAAACCUGGAUCACGAGUCGUUUCGGUCGUAGAUUUCGAACUUUUCAUGGAUAAAGGAUCUCGCAAAGGGCUGAUAGCUGUUUUGUGGGAUAAAGGUGUUAACAUGACACAAAAUUCGGCAAGCGCGAAAGUUCAAAUAUAUUCACCUUCGGACAUAAAACUUCCUGCAACUUUCUUGGCUAGAAGUUUUGCGAAUACAGAUUUUGGACCUUCAUGUACCGCUUACAC